ACUUACAGCAUAAACAAUUUGGAAGAAUUAAAUUGGAUGAUGUUAACGAUGAAAAUAUUCCGCCAUUGUGUCAUCGUUUAUUUGCUUACCUAUGCAUACGGUAUUAGUGAUGAUGAGAAGGAGCAUUCGUCGAUAUUAACAAGUCCAGAAGCAGAAGAUCUUGAACGACAAUUAUUUUUGAAUGCAAAACGAGCUGGUGCACGAGCAUUUAGUCCAAUGAAAGGAAAUAAUUUUGAAAAUCAUUUCUUUCCAAACAUGAAACGACAUCAAACAUUUUCACCAUACUAUUACUAUCAACAACCAAAACGUGGCGGUGGACAUCCAUUCUACACUUUUUGGGGUCCAUCAAAUGCAGGCGACAUCAAAUACGAUGAAAGUAUGCCAUUUUAUAAAAGACAUUCGUCAUUGCGUGAUUCCGCAGAUUACAUUUAUUGAUUGAUUGUUUGGUUAAUUGAUUGAUUAAUUAAUUGGAUUCGAUUCAGGACAAGAAUAAUAAAUGAAGAGUUGAAAUAUUGGAAUUGAAAUCGUUUUAAUUUUAAAAAUUAAUUUGCAUAGCUCAUUUUAUUCGUAUUGUCAAAUGCAUUAAACAGUAAUAAUAUUCCUAAAAGCUUUGAUUAGAAUUUAAAAGUAGUGUUAAUUAAUUAAUGUUCUCAAAUCUGCUCGCUAGAAUUUGAUUGCGUUAUUGAAAAAAAUUUAAAUAAAUUUUCCAAAG